GAAGGGAUUCAGUUUCCUAUAUUCAUGUCUGCGAUUUUCAUAGAUAUGAAUUUGCUUAUGUGUGGCGAUUUGAAUUUUAAUGGAGGCCGUCGAAUUUUUACACCUAAUUGCUCAUUUACAGUAAUUCAAAUUGCUCUAAUCUUUGUAUGGAUUCAGUUUGCCGCUGGGUGAUGUGGGGAAUUGUUUAUCGUGCUCAAAUGAAGCCCCUUAUUGUUCUUAUUCUAACAGAAAGGGAUUGAAGAACUAUGCAUUGCACAAAAGUUCUUUGAUAGAGUUCGCAGGCAGCAUGGCAGUGGGAUGUCCGAUCGGUGUGGAUGUAAAGACACCCGUGUUCAGUCCAAGUGAGAGAAUGACCGGUAUGACCGAAGCCAUAUUCGGUGCGAGUGUGGUUACCAUUGCAGCUGUAGCCGUGGUUGGUCCAAUAACCGAUGUGACUGGAGCGGACCCCAUAGUCGCACUCGAUCCGAAAGGAAUGUUGAUCGGAGUGGUCUGCCCAACAGAGCCACUCAAUCCAGCCGAAACGUUCACAACUGGAGUCUUGGAACUACUCUCGUUUCCUGUACGGCUGGACGGCCGCUCCAUGGCGGUCGCAGCCUGCGUCUGCAGGCUGUGGUGCACCAUCUCCCGCAACGACUCGUUGUGGGAGAACUUGUGCUUCCGCCGCUUGUCUCCGCCGCCCGACGGCGUCAGGGCGGUGGUCAGGGCGCUCGGUGGCUACCGCCGCCUCUACAUGGUCUGCGUCCGGCCGGUGCUGAGCCGGCUCGGGCGGCGGCAGCGGCAGCGGCGGGCGUGGACGACCCGCAAUGAGGUGGAGCUUUCUCUGUCGCUGUUCUGUGUUGACUACUACGAGAGGGUACUGUUGCUCGGCGAGAACGACGGUGGCUCGCCGGCGGCGCCGUCGUCGUCGCUCACUUUCCUCUGCAAAGAGGUCAACGUUUGAUUUUGUCGUCGUUGUGUUCGAAAUCGUAAACGACGUCGUCCGUCAUGAAUAACCCGCGACGGUAUUUCUUAUUCACGCCGUCCGAUAAUGUUUCGAGUAUCAUAUCCUAUUUUGUAGCAAUUCUUUGAAUUUCAGAUAUAAUGAUUGUACUUAAAAAAAUUAAAAUUAUUUUGAUCAGAUUUAGGAUGAAUUCAUUUCUUCAUGCCAAUUAUAUCGAUCAUAAAAUUUACAUUAGGAU